UCUCAGACCGACGAGCACGGGGAAAAUGGAAGGAAUGAACUGUCUCAGAUUUGGAACUCUUCUUUGUCUCUUUGCUUGUGUACAUGGCUAUGCGUAUUUUAGAGGUCGAAUUCCUAAUGGACACAAGGUUCCCCACCCUUGUAACCCUACGUCUGAUAAAUGGGUGGCGGUAGGACACAUGCUUUCUGGGGGCAGAGGACCAAGAAAUCCAUUUGGAGAUGACUUCGCUGCUAAUGGCAAUGAAUGGACUAAAAAGCUUUGCUUCAUGGACUCUGACGGGGAUGGUCGACAUAAUGGUAUAGAGCUGGGAGACCCCUGGUGUCAGUGGACCAAGGAGAACAAAUACCCUCUACAGCUGGCAACCUCCCACCCAGGAAUUUGUGAUCCGCUGGAAAGCCCAAAAUGCGAGGGAAAGAAUGAAUGGCUGAAAUGUCCCAGUUUCUCUGACAAAUGUAACCAUGCCACCAAAGAGCCAGGUGCUCACCGAUUGGAUAUCCGUCUGCCUCGUCUGCACGUGCCAGCCAAGGAGAACAGCUACAUUUGCCUGGAGUACGAUCUCCCUGACAACGACGACUUCCACCUGACAGCUGGAGUCCCGAUCAUUGAUAACCACAUCACCAUGGGAGGCAUCAUGGUCUUUGCUUGUGAGGCCAGUACUUACACACCUGCAUCUAAGCACCCGUAUGAAUGUGGUUUGAAAACUCGUGGAGAUUGUAGACAUCUGAUUGGAGGAUAUUCCGAGGACAUUCCAGGCAUAUGCUACCACAAAAAUACAGGAAUGCGAAUCGGUAGAACUGGGUGCCGCCAGAUUGUCAUUCAGAUUAAAUGGAACAACCCAGAAGAGUAUGAAGAUAUGUUCGAUUCCUCCGGCAUUUCUCUGUAUUACACCAAAAAUCUUCGUCGCUAUGACGUAGGAACGAAGAUCUUCUCCUCCACCCACUUUACCAUCCCUUCGCCGCGACCGAUCUACGCCAUCACGUCCAGUUACCCUAGCGAAUGCUCACAGAUGCAAAUCAAAUCACCUAUCUACAUCACCAGAGCUUUUAACCACAUGCACAAAUAUGGAAAACAAGAGAGAGUUGAGGUAAUCCGAGAUGGCCGAGUUGUCAAUCUAAUUACUGACGAAAGAUUUUACGACUUGCAUAAACCAAAAACUUUCUGGCACACGAACCCAGUCCAAGUUCUUCCUGGAGACAUUCUUAGAAUUACAUGCGUUUACGACACCCGUGAAGUAAAACAUCCGGUCCACUGGGGUCUUUUAUCAACCAAUGAAAUAUGUGCUUCUACUAUUGAAUUCUACCCGAAAGGAAACUGGAUGGGGUCCACAUGUUCUAGCUUCAAAUCUAUUCCCCUGUGUAAAUUAGAAACAACUGGGGUUGCUAACGGAUGCGACUUCAACGGCUUCUUUGGUGCACUGCACAAAGACGUGAGAACAGCCGCUUUGUUCCAGAAUUGUACCGAUAUGAACUUUUGCACGCCUGCGUGUCGAACACUCGCUAAUGCAGCUACGUCACAUCCGUGUUUGACUGGAGACAGCAUGGAACUUCUGAGGUCCCCUCUCACCGCCCCAAACAAAAAGCUGAAGGUGUUCUUUAAUGUAUUAGAACUUUGUGGAGCAUAUACCCCUCCCAAACACCCUCAACACAGACGCCCUCGUAAAAAUCAAAACAACGAUACCCAGGAGUCUAUGAGCUCCGGAAUUGGAGGGUCUCUUCCGGGACAUCUUGUAAGUGGAACUGUGCACCUGGUAUUUAUGCCUGGAGAGCGAUAAUCCGGCUGCUUGCUUAUUAAUCCUUAUUCCCUAAAAUAUUUAUUUUCCCUUCGCCUAGUGUAUUCCUAAUAAACCGCUGUAGAUUAAACCUCUUGCCAAAAUAACCUGUUGCUUUGUGUCUGCUUUAACCUUAGUCGAUUUUGUCGCAGUUAAUGAUGUGAUUG